UCCAUACCAUCUUCGGAAACCCGAAAAAAAGAAGAAAAAAAAGGCAGACAGCAGUGAGUCAUACACGCACAGAUAUCGAGAGUAAAAUUAGGAAAAGAAUCCAUAAAUUUAAAGUUAAAUUCAUACAUUUCUUCCUUUCAUUCACACUCACACGCAGUGUCUUUUUCUUUUUAACACUCCACUGUCCGUACCCACCUCCCUCCUUCUCUUCGCCGGAAAACCAGUAGAGAGAGGAAGUUAGUGAGAGAAAACAAUGACGUCUACUACAAUUGCCGGUAACCGCCGGCGAGAACAACCGCCUUCACAUCAGUACUACUACUCCAAUACACCGUCGUAUUUCUCAUCUUCAUCAUCAUCUCCUUCACUAAUCAAAGGCUGUUGUUGUUGUCUCUUCCUUCUAUUCUCUCUCCUCGCACUCAUCACUCUAGCUGUCAUCCUCGUCAUUGUGCUCGCCGUUAAACCUAAGAAACCACAGUACGACCUCCAGCAAGUCGCCGUGCAAUACGUUGGAAUCUCGCCGACUUCUACCGCUGCUCCUGGCGGUGUUUCGCUGUCUUUGUCGGUUCGUCUGCUUUUUACUGCGGUAAAUCCGAACAAAGUAGGGAUUAAAUACGGUGAAUCGAGGUUUAAUGUGAUGUAUCGGGGGAUUCCGUUGGGGAGAGGGACGGUGCCUGGGUUUUAUCAACCAGCUCAUAGUGUUAGAACAGUUGAAACAAUUGUGACUGUUGAUCGGGUUAACUUGAUGCAAGCUGAUGCGUCGGAUUUGGUCAAGUAUGCUUCGAUGUAUGAUAAGGUUGAGCUUAGGGUUUUGGGAGAUGUUAGCGCGAAAAUAAGGAUAAUUAGCUUUGAUUCGCCUGGUGUUCAGGUUUCUGUGGAUUGUGAGAUUGUCAUUAGUCCUAAGAAACAGUCUUUGACUUAUAAACAAUGUGGAUUUGAUGGGUUGCGUGUUUGAAUUUUCGAGAAAUUUGAGGAAUUCUUUUCCUAAGGAAGAAGAUGAAGGUCUGAUAAAUGACACCUUUUUAUUUUUUUGUUGAAAAUAAUUGAGUAAGAUUUAUUAUAUAGUGUAUUUAAUUACGGGGGUAGUAAGUAAUUAGUUGUAGUUAUUUAUAAAUAUAGUAUAUCUGGAGAAAUAGUGAUGUCAAUCUGCAAAUUUUGCUAACUUUUUUAGUUGUUAGUUGGUGGAUUGUAAAUGGGUUUCCCUUAAUCUGGGUUACUCCUGAGUUCUGAUGAUCAACUGUAAGAUGCUUAAGAAAAGAAAGAAUUUUGAGCUUAAAUUCUUGGGUUUAUUUCAAA